AUGUACUUAUACGGAGCUGAAUUCACACUACUUACCGAUCACAAACCAUUGGAGUGCAUAUACUCGACAACGUCAAACGGUAAAUCGAGCGCAAGGAUACACCGUUGGGUACUAAGACUACAGACAUACCGAUUUACUGUCAAGUAUAUCCCAGGCAAGCAGAACAUUGCUGACAGCCUAUCGCGGCUCAUCGAGAGCAAGGGGAAUAACUCUAGUACGCAGCCAACCGAUGCCGAAACGUACGUCAGAUUUGUUGCCCAAAACGCGACACCGAACGCCCUAUCGACACGACAAAUAGAAGAGGAGUCCGCUGUCGAUGAGGAACUUUGUAAUGUUAGAAAGUGCAUUAAAACACAAAGGUGGCAUGAACUUACAAACAAAAGGUAUUUGGCAGUGAAAGAUGAACUAUGUAUCAUAGGAAUGUUGGUACUGAGAGGAACGCGAAUAGUAAUUCCCGAAACGCUGCGCGAAACAGUUUUGAAACUCGCACACGAAGGACAUCCAGGAAUCGUGAGUAUGAAACGACGGAUUCGUACAAAAGUGUGGUGGUUUGGAAUAGAUAAGGACUCUGAACAAUUUUGUAAAACUUGUUAUUCCUGCCAGCUACUAGGAUCAACACAGGCUCCGGAACCGAUGAAAACUACGGAACUACCCUCAGGUCCUUGGCAGCAUGUAUCAGCUGAUCUGAUGUCACUUCCAUCCGGUGACUAUAUUUUUGUAGUUGUUGAUUACUACAGUAGGUACUUUGAAGUUGACACGAUGAAAUCUACAACAACGGACAAAAUAGUGCGUAGUCUGGGGAAAAUGUUUCUCACACACGGGUUUCCGAUUAGUAUUACGACAGACAACGGUCCUCAGUUUGUGAGCGAACUGUUCAAAGAUUACCUUGCAGAACGAGGUAUUGAACAUCGGAGAGUUACCCCCCUUUGGCCUCAAGCUAACGGUGAGGUGGAGCGACAGAAUCGCUCCCUACUCAAAAGUGUCCGAAUCGCUCAACUGGAAAGAAAAGACUGGAAAACAGAACUCGAUUCAUUCUUGUUAAUGUAUCGUACCACUCCACACUCUGUAACUGGAGUGAGUCCCGCCGAACUUUUGUUCAAACGCAAACUUCGAACGCGCAUUCCAGGAAUUGAGGAGCAUUCAGUAGAUGACAUCGAAGUUCGUGACCGAAAUAAUGAAAACAAAAUGAAAGGGAAAUUAUAUGCAGACGGAAAGAGAAACGCGCGCGAAAACGACCUUAAAACAGGAGAUGAUGUACUGUUAAGACAAGAGAGACAAAAUAAACUGACACCGAAAUAUCAGGAACAGCCAUAUACAGUCAAGGCUAAAUCUGGAAAUUCUGUGCUAAUUGAACGAGACGGAGUACAGUACAAACGCAACGUUACACAUGUGAAAAAGUUCUUGAAAAGAACUGAUGGACAGAAUCGUAGUGAGCUAAGCAAGCCCACAAGUAUCAACCGUGAUACUCCGAUUGUUGACAUUGAUGAGGAAUCAAUUCCAUGCAAAACCGAUGAGUGUAAUGAUCGUGAAACGGUUACAGAAAAUGCGAGUAUGCCAACUAGUAGUGUACUAGCCUCUCCGCGCCCAGUUCGCGUCAAGACAAUGCCUCACAAAUUCAAAGACUAUGAGGUUACGCUUAAGUGA